ACCGAAGCGUACAGAGGGCCAAAGCCCAAAGCCAAAUACGCCCGAUUCGCCGCAUCGCAGAAACAUAGGACGCAACCUCGCAAAAUCGCCGCCGCCAGCACCUACUCCUCCACCGGACGCCGAUAGCUCCGCCUUCCCUUCCUCCGGCGCGCCAGUCGCCAUGGUGAAGCGGUGGCUCCCCCUCGAGGCCAAUCCCGACGUCAUGAACCAGUUCAUGUGGGGACUGGGGGUCCCCGAGGACGUGGGGUUCUGCGAUGUGUACGGCCUCGAUGACGAGUUGCUCGCCAUGGUGCCCCAGCCGGUGCUCGCAGUCAUACUUCUCUACCCUCAGGACCGGAUCAAGGAAUCCCAAGCUUCAGCUACCUCGUCGGUGGAGACCAAGGAGCCCAGCAAGAAUGUAUAUUUCACAAAACAAACUGUUGGGAACGCCUGUGGCACAGUUGGUAUUAUUCAUGCACUGGGGAAUGCUACUUCCAGAAUCAAGCUAGCUGAGGGGUCAUAUUUCGAUAGAUUUUAUAAACGAACUGCUGACAUGGAUCCUAGCCAGCGUGCUACAUUUCUUGAGGAGGACGAGGAAAUGGAGAAUGCUCAUUCCAUUACCGCUACUGCUGGUGACACAGAGGCCAAGGAUGGAGUAAUUGAACAUUACAUUUGUUUCUCUUGCGUCGAUGGAGAACUUUAUGAGCUUGAUGGGGGGACAUCACAGCCAAUACCCCAUGGGCCUUCCACUCCUGAUACCUUGUUGCAGGAUGCUGCAAAAGUUAUAAAAGCAAGACUUUCCAUGUAUUCCCAGUCAAACAACUUCAAUGUCAUGGCUCUUUCAGGCAAAGUGAUAUAGCAUUAUAGCACUUUCAGUCAUAGGCAGUUGAGAACCCCAUUUGCUUUGCAGCAGCCUCGGAGUCCAACAUUGCAGUAUGUAGUAUCAUUUUCUUGCCUUCGUUUUAGUAUUUGGACAGCUAAAACAAAAUAAAUAAAAGUAGGUACAGAAGUGUUCCCGUUGUGUCACUUAUCCUUUGGAGAAGCGCUAAGUUCGACCA